CUUUGAGGAGUAAACCAGCAGCAAGGAGGUUUGCAGACAUGAUCUUGCUGUGAGAGAAAAUACACUGUCCUACACAGCAGGUGUCUGUUGAACCAUAACCGAAUUUGAAAGCCACAACUGCCUAGGAUCAAAAGGGAACUUUCAUAAGAAAAAAAAGGCCAUCAUAAAACAAGACUGUGUUGUAUUUCAGAUUGUAACAUUUAUGCACAGAAAAGACAUGAACUCUGCAUAUAACACCGGACAAGGGACUUUCAUUCCAAAAGAAGAGUUUAAGAAAGUUCCAUUAAACAAUGCAUCUGUUCCAGAGUACCUGUAUGAUUUUAAGGAUCCGCUUAGCAGAAAAGAGCAGUCUUGUAGUAAGUCCAAAGUACAGCACAAGGGCAAAAUAUGUCAUUUAGAAAAUUUGCAAAGAAGCAUAUUACAUACUACAAACAAUGCCGUGUCCCAUGAUGACUGUGAUUAUGAAUCUGUAACAGUCAGCCUACUCCAAAUGGAUCAAAACACAGAUAACCUUUGUAGUGACUCAAAAUAUUUUCAGGCAUUGAACAAAGAUAUUUAUUUGAGAUCACAAUUUAGAUCCACCGGGGUGUCCACUAAUGAAUGGUUCAUCUCAAAACCUGACUCUAUGGUGCAAAAUGACAAAAUUAGCUCUGGCUUACUGAGUUCAAAAGACAUAUUGUCAUCAAAUAACUUCAAUAUAGACACAGAGCAUACACUGAAAAUGUUUAAUUUGGCACCCAAACAUAUUUAUGGCACAUACGUUAAUCACAAGAGAAAUGAAAAUUCACAAGGACACAACUCAACUGAGAGAACAGCUAAUAAUAUUGGAUCAAAUCUCUGCUCACUUUUUGCAAAUUAUUGUGAAUCCAAAGACAAAAUAGACCACUAUAUAUCUUCUAGAAUGCAGAAUUUGAGCAACCUUAAAAGAAAGUUACCUAUAAACAUAUCAGAAUGCAGACAAAAGACAGCAAAGAUCCAUCUGUGUAUCUGCAGAGAUAUUAAUGUCUCAAGGACCAGGAAAGGCUGCAGCCUGAUGCAUAGAGAGAGAAAUUAUGGAAGAAAUGAAAGGAGGGCUUAUUUUAAAACUCCAUAUAACAAAGCUGGAGGCUUUCCCUUGAUUGCAGCAUGCCAGGAUGAGGAUCAAAAUGGUUCAUUACAUAGUUCAAAGAGUUUCUGGCCUAUCAAGAAUGCAUGCUAUAAAGAAAAUCCUGUAGCUAUCUCAGCGACUGCCUCUAGAAUUCAAGAAAAGUUUAAUGAAAACAGUCAACCUUCUAAAAUGUGUCUCAUUACAGGUCAAGCCAUUGGUAAUAAUGAUUCAGCAGAAAAACGCUCACCAUAUUUAACCAUUGAUACAUCGAGAAAUAUCACUAGAAAUCAUUUUGUUUAUGAUACUACUCGUUACUAUUUUCAUGGAGAAGAACAAUGCAGACAACAAGAUUCUUCAGCUUUGUUCAUCAGUUACAGGGAUGUAGAUGGUAAACGUUUUGAGCUGUUAGUAACCCCUGAUUUAAUACUUAAGUGCAUGAAUUAUAUAAAAAAGAGUGAAGUGAAAAACAAAGAAAGCAUUUCCUUCGUGACCGAUGAAAACUCUGACCAUCAUUGCAUAAGGAACACUUUCUCAAGUAUACAGAAAUAUUCUCCAAAAUGCAAUGAUCUGCAAAAAAACUAUUUUGCAUUGCUUUGUACUGAUAUAAAAUCCUUGCUUUUCUGUCUCUAUGAGACUAGUGUUGAGUCAUUUCUGACAACCGAUAAAACCUUUUCAGCACAGCUCAAUAACACUAGACAACUAGCGGAGCAACAUUUUGCUUCUGACGUUGUGUACACAAUUCUCGCAUUAAACGGAAGUACUAAAAAUGGCUGCUCAUUAAGGAGAAACUUUCCGAGUACAUCUGAAGUAGGCUUUCUCAGAGAAAAUAUUGAGCAAUGUCUGAAAUACCCAUUUAAAAACUUGGGCAUAACACUUGAAGAAACAGAAGAGGCUUCUUCGUCUUGCACAAAAACAUCAAACUCAAGUGCUUGCAAUGCUGAUACCAUUUAUAGGACAAUAAUUAGGACACAGGCCCCAGAUGUUUUCGAAAUCGGCAGAAACAGAGAAAAUCUAAAACAAAACAUGUUUGAUGAGCAUAUGAUCCCAAACUCAAUAGAGUUUAAUGAAUCUUUAAAUAAUAAUCUCAGGCUCACAGAUCAUUUUCCCUACAGUAAUAAUAUUUCUUUAAUACUGAAAUACAGAAAUAACCUUGAUCAAACUGAGAGAAUGUCUUCAGCGAUUGGGUCAAAGCCUUUCGGACAAAAGUCACUUAACUAUACUAAAGGGAUUAAUAUAUCCAAUAAAGAAGGUUUGGAUGUGCCAGGGGAGGUUUCAGAUGACGAAACUGCUGUGCAUUUGGUCACAGAAAUCGAGAAAUCACCACUGUUUAAUGAUACCACUGGAAAAUUGCAUGAAAUAUCACUUUAUGAAAAUGACCCUUUGAAGGCAAAUUUAAGCAAGCUUUCUUAUUCAGUUUUAGAUAAUAUUGAAAAAGAUGUGUCUGUUUAUAAAUCAAUUCCAGAUUUUGUGAAAGAACGUGUCCAUGAAAAACACAAAUUGUAUGAUGUUCAGCAUAACAAAAUACUGGCAGAGUCAAGCUCACAAGAUGGCACAUAUUGUCUACAGGAUUCAGAAAAUAUUACAGACGAAAUUACCAGUGACGAUAAGGUUUUGUUUUCCGUGUCUGAAAAAUGGAACGAGAAAUUUGAACGGAAAGCUCAGUUUGAUUUGGUACUGGAAGAGCUGUCAUUAUUUCAUAAAAUUAGCGAAGAACAAAAACAUUCUUGUGAAACCGAGCUAAAACUUAAAUUGGAAUGCAGCAAUUGUCCUUUUACCAAGACAUCUGAAAUAAAAAGCACAAAGUACACAGGUAACUCCAAUACAGUUAAUUCACAUGGUCAAGCUUUAUCAAAGAAAGUGCAUGAUUCUAAAGGCCAGAAUCAGCCACAUGGACGGGAUCUACCUUGCCCAAAUUUGUCUACAAGUUCAGCUGAAGAAGAGUCACUUAAAGUCAUUAAAGAUGUACGUACGGCUUUUUCAUGUUCACCAACCUCUGUGUCAUGUGAGCAUAGGCAAGAACAUGUUUCAACAGAAAUAGCAUUUUCUAAUGGGAUUGGAAGAUUGACACCACUCAAAACACGCACUGGUCCUCUGCGUAUUGGCCUGUCGAAAAAGGCAAGGAUUCAACAGCUGCACCCCUAUCUGCAAUAAUUCGUUAUCUUUGAGGUCCUGAAAUCGAAACAUUACUGGAAACUAUUGAAACUCUUGUUGUUGUAGGAAUAAAGGUGAAAAAUAUGGACUGGUUAUACCAAAUGUUCACUAUACAGAAAUUUUGUUUGUCUUCGUUGAGGAAUCCAACAUGGUUUGUGUAUCUCAGUUUGCAUUGUUGU